AUGGCGGAGGGGAGCGGGAUGACGACGCCGCUGGUGUCGCAGCAGAAGCUGCUGGUGCAGCAUAGGGAGAAGCACUUCACGGCUGGGGAGGUGGUGAGGGACGUCAUCAUCGGCGUCUCCGAUGGCCUCACGGUCCCCUUUGCCCUCGCCGCCGGCCUCUCCGGCGCCGCCGCCCCUUCCUCCAUCAUCCUCACCGCCGGCCUCGCCGAGGUGGCCGCCGGCGCCAUCUCCAUGGGCCUUGGCGGGUACUCCUCCCCUUCCUCCCCUCUCUCUCUCUCUCUCUAAACCACCCUUCACAGAGCUCUCUGUUUUGGGCAGGUACUUGGCGGCGAAGAGCGAGGCCGACCACUACGAACGGGAGCUGAGGAGGGAGCAGGAGGAGAUCGUCAGCGUGCCCGACACAGGUGGGUGGCGGGUGGGUUCGUUCCUCUUCCCUAUUUAGUAUUAGCUGCUUGAAUGGCGGCGAUCUGACCGGGCCGCCGGCGGCAGAGGCGGCGGAGAUUGGGGAGAUCCUGUCGCAGUACGGGCUAGAACCGCACGAGUACGCACCCCUGGUCAACGCCCUCCGCAGGGACCCCCAGGCGUGGCUCGAGUUCAUGAUGAGGUGAGCCGCCUCCCAUGUUCGCCGGAGUUGUCCCCUCUCGACCCGCCGUUGACGCCACCACCGCCGCCGUUGGCGCCGCAGGUUCGAGUUGGGGCUGGAGAAGCCGGAGCCGGGGAGGGCGGUGAGGAGCGCGGCAACGAUAGCGGCGGCGUACGUGGUGGGCGGGCUGGUGCCGCUGGCCCCCUACGCCUUCGUGCCGGCGGCGGGGAGGGCGAUGCUCACGUCGGCGGCGGUUACCCUGGCUGCGCUGCUCUUCUUCGGGUACGUCAAGGGGCGUUUCACCGGCAACCGGCCCUUCCUCAGCGCCCUCCAGACCGCCUUCAUCGGGGCCAUCGCCUCCGCCGCCGCCUACGCCCUGGCCAAGGCUCUCCAGCUCUCCUGA